CACACAGACUCUAUUAUAAAUAUUGUGGUACAUCUGUAAUACAGCUGUGCAUAUCCCUACCCCAAACAUACCUAAGCAUAAUAUAUCUUUCCUUCUUCUCCUCUUCUUCUUUUGAUCUGUGUGUGUGUGUUGUCCAUCAAUGGCUUCCAUAAGCUCUUUCAAGCCAACCUCUUCACUGAAACUGCCCAACAACCUCAGAUCACCAUCUUCUUCACAAUCCCAGAGACUGUUAGGUUUCGAUCUCCCGCACCCACUUUCAACCCAAAACCUCAAGAUCUCAACAACCCGUCAAGACUUCUCCGCCAGAAGACCCUCCAAGACCAUCACUACCACUGCAUUCUUCUUCAACAACUGCAAAACAAAACCAGAUUCCUCAAGACCCACCAAAGUUCAAGAAUUAUGCGUGUACGAGUUGAAUGAGCGAGAUCGAGACAGCCCGGCAUAUCUACGACUGAGUCAGAAACCGGUCAACUCACUGGGUGACCUCGUUCCGUUAACCAACAAGCUCUAUACCGGAGACCUAGAGAAGCGGUUGGGGAUCACGGCUGGUCUAUGUGUGCUGAUCCAGCACGUGCCGGAGAAGAAAGGUGACCGGUACGAGGCCAUAUACAGUUUCUACUUCGGGGAUUACGGCCACAUGGCGGUGCAAGGGCCCUACCUGACUUACGAGGACACGUAUCUGGCUGUGACUGGCGGGUCGGGAAUAUUCGAAGGGGUGUACGGUGAGGUCAAGCUACAUCAGAUUGUGUUCCCAAUCAAGCUCUUCUAUACGUUUUAUUUGAAGGGUAUUAAGGACUUGCCGGCUGAGCUGAUGGGUAAACCGGUGGCGCCGUCACCGUCCGUUGAGCCGUCCGCAGCUGCCAAGGCGGCUGAGCCUCAUGCCACCAUUGCCCACUUCACAAACUAAUAUUGAAGCUAUAGAGUGUCUAUUGUCAUUUUCUUUUUUUUCGGCAAAACUAGGGGACGGGGUACUUGAACACGGAAAGCACCCACUUGAGGAGAUGAGCGUUCUACCAACUAGAGCAAUUAGACCACUAGGCCGUGUCUUUUUGUCAUUUUGAUUUGAAUGUUUACCGUAAAAUUUUAAAUUUUCUAAAAUGGGUUACAGUUCCCAUGAUGAACUUGGUUAAAAUGUGGCAGUGGUUGAUUUUA